AUGUCUACUUCUACAGUACAAACACAGACUACGACUGAGCCUAGACUAGCGAUCAGGAAAGAGCAUUUGGCUGGCCUCGACCCAGAAUGGGUAGAGUUGUGGCAUGCUCAUGGGGCGCAUAUGGUCAGAGCAGAUGAACUGUCACUCGAGGAGUAUCGUGAGAAUCCUGCCCAGUACAGCUUCACACAUCCUACGUGUGCAGGUCCCGAUGUCUUUCAUGUGGAAGAUAUACAGAUGCCUGUAACAACUCCAGUCGGGGAGAUAACAGUUAGAGUGUACUCACCAGAGGGUCCGGGGCCAUUCCCAGUGCACUUAAACUUCCAUGGAGGCGGAUGGGUACUUGGUGGUUUGAAGAGUGAAGCCGCAUGGUGCCGGCACAUGUGUAAUAAGGCGAACAUCAAAGUCAUCGAUGUCGACUACAGGAUGGCGCCCGAAUUUCCUUUCCCAACCAGCAUCUAUGAUUGCUGGGAUGCGGUCAAAUGGGCAAUAGCCAACGUCGAAUCUCUCAACAUCGACCCGAGUAGCGUUUCCAUCGGCGGACUGUCUGCAGGAGGUCAAAUGUCCGCCGUCCUUGCACAUUUCGCACGAGACGAGGGUGUAGAUCUCAAGCUACACAUGAUGAUCGUUCCUGCAACGGACAUGCGAUAUUGCAUGAAAGGCCUGAAGCUGAACGAAUCGAAUUGUCCGUACCAGAGUGUACAUCUGUUUCACGACGUACCAUGGGGUCCUUUGGGUCGCGAACAAUGGUUCCUGAAGUACUGGCUCGGUGACAGCAAAGGUACAAUUCCUGAAACAAAUUCACGAUCCAAGUCCGAAGUUAACAAGAUGAUAGAGCAACAAGAGAAAGCGCUGAACAACUGGAUCUGUACCCCAGUGUUGGCUCCUUCAUUUCAGAAUCUCUCCCCGGCACACAUCAUAACUGCAGAGUUUGAUCUUGAGAGAGAUGAAGGCGAGUAUUAUGGCGAGCUUUUGCGUAAGGCUGGUAACAACGUUACUGUGAAGCGUUAUACCGGUAUGCCUCAUGCUUUUGGUCAUUACAACCACCCUGAGCGUGGUUUGAAGAAGAGUUUUGAGUACAUAGAAGACACAAGUAGGAUUCUGCGGAGUGUCCACUACGGCGCGUAA